AUGGAGAAAUCAUUGAGACCAUCUGAUUGCUUUUCCACACCCAGUAUCUUCUGGAACAGCUCCACUGAAAGUUCUGUGGAUAGUCGAGAAAUUUCCUCUGGACCAAAUCUGGUUUCUUCUCUACGUAUUCAACAUAAAUUAAGGCUGAAAUUUGUUCACUCAACGGAUGUGAUUUAUAUAGUGAGCAACAGAAUGGUGGUAGAAAGAAAAUUCUUAAUGGAGUUUGCAAGUAGUGUAAACCGAAGUAAGUUUAUAGACCGUAUUCAGCACCUUCAGGCCAUGUUUGAACGUGUGUGUGUCAUUGUGGAAAAGGACAGAACAAAACCAGGAGAUACAUCUAGGAUAUUUCAGAGGACCAGGUACUAUGAUGGCUUGUUGUCAGCUCUGACCACAGCUGGAAUUAGAAUCUUGUUCAGCUCCAGUCAGGAGGAAACAGCUGGUUUGCUUGCUGAACUUGCCCGUGUUGAGGAGAGAAAGAAUGCUGCCAUUACUGUACCAUUGGAUGUUAGCGGACUGCGGCAACAAAUUUUACAGUUCUACCUCAGCAUUCCUGAUGUCAGUUAUAUAACAGCUUUAAAUCUCUGUCACCACUUCAGCUCUGUUAAAGAGGCUGCUAACAGUUCAGUGGUUGAAAUUGCAGCUCGGGCAAAGGUUGGCCACCGGCGAGCUGAAAAGAUUUACCGUUACCUGCACUAUUUGUUUGAUCCACGGAUGGUACCUGAUCAACCAGGCCAAACUAAUGGGAAACAAAGCUCAUCAUAAAUAUUUUU